AUUUAUUUCCAUUCGUGAUACCGGCACUCGUCGGUAUAAGUAAUGAAAAGUCUAGAGAAGGAUGAAUUAUAAAAUCUUUUAAACGUUUUGUCAAAUAGGAUAUUUUCAUUACAAGGCCAAACACUGUAUUGAAUGAAAAAGCAUCUUCUGCAAUGAAGAGAUUUUUCGUCUGCAGUUGCUUUUACUCACACAACUUUUUCUUAAAGAAAUACAACACCCACGUAGUGUUUACAUCAGAACAACAGCUUUUGGACCAAUAUUUAAAAACAUUAAGAAAUAAAGGAUGUGCAACAGAAGAUCAGAUCAAGGAAGUUUUGAAUGAGGUUAAGAAAGAAUUGCAUAGAAGGGAAACUCUUGGUCAAGCGUACUUGGAAAGAAGGAAACUUAUACAAGACAAAUAUAUUCCCAAGCAUCCUCAGAUUUUUAAGUUAAAGGAAGAAUUUUUAUCUCCAGAUUUUAUCAGCUUAGUGAAGUUUUGUCAGGAUUCCAAAACUACCUGUUCUGAUGUCAUUAAUAAGAUCCAGAAUGGACCAGCUGCGAAAUGCUAUACAUUACCUGUCUUUACUGAAGAAUACUGUAAACUUAUGAUGGAAGAACUUGAAAAUUUUGAAGCCAGUGAUUGUCCAAAAGCCAGACCAAAUACCAUGAAUAACUAUGGGCUAUUACUAAAUGAAAUUGGAUUUGAUGAAGAGUUUUUGAUACCAUUACGAGAAAAGUAUCUUCAACCGAUAACAGCUUAUCUGUAUCCUGAUUGUGGUGGUGAUGACCUUGACUCACAUAAAGCAUUCGUUGUCAAGUACAAGAUGGGAGAAGACCUUGACCUCAACUUUCACUAUGACAAUGCUGAAGUGACAAUUAAUGUAGCCUUAGGCAAGGAUUUUACUGGAGGUGACCUAUAUUUUGGUGACAUGAGAACAAAACACAAUGCCGGAACACAAUACAAAGGCUAUCAACAUAUCAGAUACACAGGCUUAUUACACAGAGGACAACAUAUGCAUGGGGCUAAAUCAAUUCAAUCUGGAGAACGCUAUAAUCUGAUUAUUUGGAUGAGGUCCUCAAAAAUAAGAAACAAACUAUGUCCUAUGUGUGACAAUGAACCAGAACUUGUUGAAACUGUAGGCUUUGGUGAUGGUUUCACCAAGCAGGAAGAAGUUAUUAAUAUAUGUGCAAUAUGACUUUACUUUGUUAAACAUUAUUCCAUAAUUAUGGCUGAAAUGGUGCUAGGAUUUGGAAUCUCAAAAUGACAACACUAGCGCAAGAUUUAUAGUAUUUUACGUCAGUUCCAGCUUGUCCCUACCUCCGGCUAGCAGCUUAAUUUACGUGUCUCAUAAUUUCAUGGUACAGUUUUUCUUAAGCAGCAGUUUAAGUUCGUGAGUAUUGCAGUAUAUAUAUGCAAUAUAAAUAUUUAUGCAGUUCGUCUUAUUGUUUCAGUUUCCAGUGUUGAACGGAGGCAGAAAUUUGCAUAGUUUUCUUUCAUAUAAGUUUUGAGAAUAAAGUUUAAUAAUGAAUAUUAAUUUUGAACAGGAGAGAGGUGUGUAGUCGGCAAACGUGUCUGUUUGUUUCAAAUAGUGGGUUGCUGUUAAUAUAUUUUAACAAUAUAGCAAGAGGGUUUCAAAAAUUGUGACUUAUUUAUUUGUGAAAUAUUUUACAUGUUUUUAUAUGGAGAGUUGCUGAUAGAAUUUGUGCUCCUUGAAUGUUGAUUUUUGGUGUACAUGUUUUAAAGUAUUAUCUGUUCUUCUAAUCUAUUCAUUGUUCAUUGUUGAAUGCUACUUUAAGAGAAUAAGAUCUAUUAAUUCGUGUUUCAGUUGUUAUUAAUAUUAUGUCUGGUGAA